AUGUUGUCCAUACAAGAGACAGACCUGACACUCUUUCCUUCCGACUACACGCCCGCCGGUGUUUUGACAACAAAUGGUACCGGGAUUCCAUCGUCAGCAACUGCAGGAGGAGCAAACCCUACCGGCGCCGACACACCAAUUGCAGGUGGCGGCGGCGGCUUGUCGACGGGGGCAAAAGCCGGAAUCGGCGCGGGCAUAGCAGCAGCAGUCGUUGUCGGGAUCGGCGUGGUCGCAUUUUUGCUACGGAAAAAGCGACGGCAGAAAAAGCAGAAAAAGCCAUUUCCAGAGGUGACCGAGCUUCCGGGCUCCCACCAUCCACGAGAUGUCCCAGAGCUAGACAGCGUCAACAUCUAUGAAGCCCCAGGAGCGACGGGAAGUGACAGGGAGCGGGAGCGGGAGCGGGCACAACCAGACUCCAGCACUCAGUCAGGCUCCCGAGCAGACACACUUGUGGGCAACGUAUCGCGCCCAAAACUGGGUACGAUGGAAACACCCGUGCCAGGAGGUAGUAGUAGGGACAUUACCACCGUUGACUCUCGCGACCCCACGACGGCGGUCAACGCCAUGCCGCCGCCAGAAAACGGGGACUUCGGAACCGCCACGACACUGGAAGCCCUCGAGCUGCAGUACCUCGAGGCCGAGGAGAGGCGUAUCCAAGAGCGGAGGGCGCAGCUCUUGCAGAAGCGAGACUCGCCUGUCGCUGGCGAGAGAUGA